AUGGCUCGAUGGUCGCGACGGGGAUGGAUUCUGGUAAUCGUCGUUGUCCUACUCACGCUCGUUUCGCCUACCGAAGCCGGAGGAAACUCCCGCACCGGCUCCGGUGCCACCAGUCGUGCCAGUUCCGCCUCCUGCUGCCCCUCCGGCUCCUGCUCCUCAACCUGCUCCUCCAGCACCGCCGCCACCGGCUCCUCCGCCACCGGCUCCUCCGCCACCGGCUCCUCCGCCACCGGCUCCUCCGGCACCUCCAGCACCGCCACCGCCGCCACCGGCACCACCACCGCCGCCUCCUGCACCACCGCCAUCACCACCUGCACCGAUACCAAAGCCCGAGUUCACUGA